AUGGCGCUUCCGUUUUCUCGGUCUGGCGCGGGACCCAGUUGGCUCUCGGCGGCGAACCCCGGCGAGAGGACAGGGGCUGUUCAGCCAGCGUUCACGCAGGCGCCUCUCUCUUCCGGAGACCAGCCUCCUGCAUGCGCUGCGUAUGCUUCGGCCUUGCCGUCGGCGUGCUAUUCUGUCUCUCCGUCGGCUCCGGGCUUCGCCGCCGCUACUUCGCGGAAUCCAGCGAUCCAGGAGCAAACCCAGCCACUGUGCGCUCGACAGGCGUCCCGCAGAAGCGGAGAAAUAGCAAGGCACGGCCUUCAAAGUGGAGACAGUCUUCCACUCCAGCGGUUGACAGAUCGCUUCACCCACCUGCCCGGGCAGAUGCAGACCAUGAACAGCGACGGCCUCAACAGCGCGGGAGGCUCGCUGCCCUCGGCUUUUCUUCGGAGACACGCUUCGCCUGCGGCUCAGGAAGGACGGGAGCCUGUGAAGAGGUGCGGGGGCGCUGCGAAUGCGUAUCGUCUUGACGGGAACCAGGAGUCGCCGGUGCCAGGGAGCGGCAUGCGGGGCGACGCCGCUGCUGCUCCGCGGGAGCAGGACUCGCGCGAGGCUCAGUUCUCAGCCAAAGCCACCGAGCUGCAGCACCUGCUUCACCUCUUCCAGAACAUCGGGGAUCCGGAGAGUCAAGUGUCGAGAGGCCGAGCGACCGAGCGUUUGCGGCAGCCGGCGCCUUCACCCGCGCCGCACGUCUCCUCUUUUGCUUCCUUCCCCCCAGCAUGCGGAGGCGAUCGGAAGAGAAAGGGCGAGAGCAGCGGAGAGGCGUGCACGGUGUUCUCCACUCCGCAGCGCGAGGGCGACGCGCGGUCUUCUUCGCACGCGAAGGCGAGCGCCGAGCGAGGGCGAGACGAAGAGAGCGAACGCAUUGCCUUUCAGCGCUUCCUCGCUCUUCAGAGACUCGGGGACAGUCUCCGCUCAGGCGGCAAACCAGGCAGCGGCGCAGGACGGGCAGCGUGUGGGGAUGCGGCGUCCUGGGGCCCUUCCGCGUCGCUUCUCACUCAGCACAGAGCGCACCUGCCGCUUUCUCUUCGGCCUUCUCAAGUGUGUCCGUCGAGCUCCGCCCCGGCCGCAGCGGGGCGUCCUCCAGUGUUUCCGCCCUCGCCAAGGGCUUCUCUCCCUGCUGCGCACUCCGCGCACGGUCCCACAUCGCCCUUGCCCUCUUUUGGAGGCUGGGACCCUCGACUGUCGGCCUCGAACUGCGUGGCUCAGCAGGAGCGGAGAGCGGGCGGCUCGCCAGCUGGUGUGACCGCCGCGCCGCCCGCGUCCUCGCCUCAGGUUCCCCCUUUCCCACGCGAUGCCCACGCCCCAGGGGGUGCACAGACGCUGGCAAGUCACCGGGGCGACGCGCCGCGGAGUGCUCACCUUCCGGCUUACUGGCCUCCGGUGUAUGCACAGGGGUUGCCACAGCACGGGAGCUUUCCGGGCGCGGCCGGAGUGGAGACCGACAGAGAGGCUCGCCUCCGCGCCGCGCUGCUGGCUUCUCCCGCGCUGGUUGAGAAGCUGAAGCGGCUGCCUGGCGGUCUCGCCGCGCUUCGCUGCAUGGCCCAGAGUGGGCCUUCUGGGCACCCGCCCUUGCGCAGUGGGAUGCACGCCCCGCCGGCUGCGUCCCUGCCUGCGCCUCCGCAAGGCGCCGCGCCUCCGUCGCCCUCGCCUGCGUGUGGCGCGACGGAGCAGAGCCGCGGAGCCGAGCGGAGGAAGCGGCGAAAGAGAGACGCGGACGAGGGAGAGGAAGCGCAGGCCGCGCCGGACAACAUGGAGAGCGAGAACGGGGAGAGAGGGGGGAGGCGCCUCUUCACGUGCGGAGCGGAGAGUCGAGGGGCCGACGGCCACGCGAGGAAGGCGAGCGACGGGGCAGGAGGAAACGAGGACGCAGUGACGCGUGAGCAAGAAGAGUUGCAGAAGGUGAAGGAGGAACGACGAGAAAAACGCAUGAGGCGCCGCAUGCGCCGACGCGAAAAGCGCUUACGGAGGCGCGCGAGGCGCGACCUCGUCCGCCUCAUGCGCCGCCAGCUGCUGAAGAAGAGAGAGGAGGAAGAGAGGAGGAAGAGAGAGGCAGAAGACACCGAGCAGGAAGAGAGCGAGGCAGACAAGCCCGAAGAGGAAGAGCUAGACCGGACAGAGGACUGCGCGGAAGAAAGCGAAGAACGCGGCAAGAGAGGGGCGAAGUCGCGCGACUCCGGCGAGGCCCCAGCUUCUCGGGGAAGAAGAGGCGCCGGGCGAGCGAGAGGGAAGAGCGUUCCUGGCGGACAGCGCGCACGGCGCGGAAAAACCCGGGAGAAGGAAGAGACCGAGGAGGCGGAACGCGACGACGGCGCAGAGGAAGCGACAAAGCGGGAAGGCAAGGAAGCAAAGAUGUGCACGGAGAAGCAGGAAGAGGCGAAAGAGGACGAAGACGAAGACUUCAAUGCACAGCGGGAAAGAAUCGAAAGAAAAUUGCGGAAACGCCUCAAGCAACUUUCCACAGGAACCGUGAUGGUCCAGCGAGGCUCUCGGCGCCGCGAAGGAGACUACGAGGCCGGUCUCUCGCUUCAAAAAAAACUCGACUUUCUUGUGCAACAGAGCAUAGCGUGCCCGACUUUGCCGAACAGCGCUCCCCUGUCUAACGCGUACACCAUUACGUCACGCUUCAAGGAGACCAAUCACUCGUCGAUGCUGAGCGAUGCAGCUCGGAUGAACUUAUACAAGUUGGCGAUCGAGACGCAAGUCGCGCGGCUCCUCGAGGAGAAACGCUGCGGGGAAGACGGGCGACGGAAGGCCCACCGCGUUCUGGAGAUCGGCUGCGGGCCCUUCUGCGUCCUCAGCAUCAACGCGGCCCGAGCGGGCGCGAAAAGCAUUGUCGCUCUGGAGGUGGUCCGGCGCGCCGCCGUCGACGCGCAGGCUUUCGUCCGCAUGUACGGUUUCGACCGCGUGAUAAAGGUCGUGAAUGCGUACUCGAAGGAGUGCGCGUUUCGAGGGAUCGCCCAGCUGUCUCCCGUGGCCUCCACGUCGUGCUCGGCGGCCGGCGAGGCGGAAGCGAUGGAAACCGCAUGCACGGACAAAAACGGAGAGAGCACGUCCCUGUCUGCCGUGAAGUCCAUGGCGAUCGAUCCGAGCGCGCCUCUGGAGGAGCGGAGCACGAGCAGUUGUCUCUCCUCGCCUUCGAGCGACGGCUUCCCGGCAGCUUCGGCGGACAGCGGCGGGGCGCAGUUCGAGGCCUCGUGUCUCGAGCCCAAACCUUCGCCCGCACCCGCCGUGGAGGGCCCGGGCGAGCCCCCCGACUGCGAAGGGAAGGAUCCGUGCACAGACGGCGGGGCGGCGGAGAAGGCGAGCGAAGACGCGGCCGCAAAAGAGAAGGGCGCGAGAGUGAAGGACGAGGCAGACAGGGAACAGGGACAAGACGGAUAUGGGCCUUUCGACUUGAUCAUUCACGAGAUCAUCGGAGACAUCUGCAGCAACGAAGGUGUCGCCGAUGUCGUCGAUGACAUCCAGGCCCGCACGGGAUGUUGUCCGGCCUCGGUGCCGUAUGCUGCCCGUACGUGGUUCACGCCUUGCGAGUUGCCGCGACCUCGCCACAUUCUCUUCCCCCAUCACAGGUAUCCGCUCCGGACACUUCUCUCCCCAAAUCGCGUUCUGCUGCAGUCGGUCGACAUGCAGUUUGCGGGUCUCCGCCUCAGCGAUCAGUUCGCGCCUCUCGAGGAGCUUCUGUUCGAGGAGCCCAUGCGGCCGCAGCUUCUCCAAAAAAGACAGGCGCACUUCAGAUGCCUGCGGAGUGGCAAACUCUGCGGCCUGCUGCUGUGCAACGAAGUGGAAGUUCUGAAGGGCGUCUCGAUCGACAACCGCGAGAGCUCGGCGGCUAGCCACUGGUACACGAACGUGGCUCUUCUGAAGCGCGAGAUUCGCGUCCGCAAAGGCGAUGUCAUCGUCGUCCACUCGUGUGCAGACUUGAGGAAUUACCAGCAUGUAGACGUCCGUGAGGGCAGCACACUCGCCGACGUCGAGGAGAUUCACUACGCUGCGCGUCCCGGGAAAGCGCCGCCUUCGAGCAAGCCGAAGCUGGUGUCAUCUUCCGCAGGAAAAACUGCGACGAGGUCCUCGAGACGGGUGCGGAGUGCCAGGGUGGCGAACAACUCGCCUGCGUCCUCCGUUGCAGGUUCUGCGCUGGCGUGCUCUCGGGAACAGGGUCUGGGGGGACACGGCCUUUUCCGCGAGGGCGAGGGAGGGAGAGAAUCGGAGUCUCCACAGUUAUCUCUGUCGUGUGCGUCUUCUCCGUCCCCAGACACUUCGUCUCCACCGUUCGCGUCGGAUGAGAAACCGAAAGAGUCCGAAGAAAAUCGCGCCUCUUCUCUCUCAGACCGGGCGGAGGUGUCCUGCUGGCGGGCCGUUGCGGCGCUAGGCAGUCAGCAGAUUUCGAGGGGCGGCGAUUCCGAUCCGAAUCAGGAACGGAACGGCGCAGUGGAGACGCGACCUAAAGCGAAGACCGCCGGGGAGGCGAGCGAGUUGCCGCAGAGCGGAAAAGAGUCAGAGGAGACGGGUGCAGAAGCCACGGAAGAUCCUCUCGCUUUUCCCGCCUGCUUCGCGUCAGUCGCUUCGGGAGAAGAGGCGAGUCAGCUGGAGCGCGGAUACACCCGGCAGUACUUGUCCCGACCGAGGUUCUGUUUCUGCGUGGAGAUUCACAGGCCGAUUCGACGCAGGAGUCAGAGCACGUUUCGCUUUUUGAAUCAGUACUGCCGAAGCCAGGGCGAGCAGGGAGAGACAGAGUGCGAAGGACAAGACAGGGACGACAGCAAGUGGAAGGCGCUGCUCGAAAGCGAGAGCGAGACUUCGAGCUCGGAGGACGAGGCAGACUCAGACCUCUCUGAUUCAGACCUCUCCAGUGACGACAGUGAGAGCAGCGAGAGUGAGGAGGAAGAGGGAGAGGAAGAAGCCGACGGCGAAGCAGACGCAGGAGAGACAGGGGAGGGUGGAAAGGCGAGGGCCAAGCCGCGGGCGGGAGACAGCGAGGAGACUGGGCAGCAGAGAAGUGGCAAGGGAGGGAAAGAGAAGGGGACAGUCUCGGCGAAAGAGACGGACGACGCAAAGCGAGAGGAAACGCAGAGGAAGGCGGACGGCAGCCCUCAAUUCGGAGAUGCAGGGGCGAAAACGUCCGGCGGCAGGCAAGAGAAACAAGUGAAGAUUCGACGCCUUCCGAUUAUCGCGAUCGACUUCAAUGAGCAAUCUCCCUUCGUCGAUAAGGCAGUGUGCAAAGGUCGCAAUGGAACUUCGGGACGGCACGUCAGGCCUUGA